AUGACCUAUGCUAAGCUAAGAGCUGACAUGCGCAGACAAAGCCUCGAUGCUGGUUUCGAGGAAGCGUGGACGCCCAGGUUCACUCGGAGAGGGGCGGCGAACGCGGCCAACGGUGAGUGGGCUGAGACAAGCGGCCGCCACCACGGACGGAUGCUGACAGCUUGGACUCUAGGAAAUGCCCCUGAUUCCGUCCGCGAUCAGAUGAUGCGUCACGAUCCUAAAUUCGCCACCUUUCACGGUGCGUACCUCAACGAAAAGGUCAACUUCGAUCUGCAGAACACUUUUCUUGAAGAAACCACCGAGAAGCAGCUGUACAAAUUGUUCUCACAUGUCAGUCUCACACGCGAUCCUCGCGCAACGAGAGAUAUGGUACCUGAAGAAGUUUGGAAGAACCUGCCGGCCGAUCCGGAAAUUAUGGACUUGGAGCGAGAGCGACAAGAGUUGAAGGGAGGUCAAUAUCGCGUACAAGGUAUGGAGAACGAAGCCAAAAUUCGAGAGUUGACCAAGAAAAUCCACACCAAGCGAGACCAGCGCGAUAAGAAAGUCGUCAAAGCGUACCGCAGUUAUUAUUUCUACAAUCGUUCAACUUGGGACAUCGAGAGGCAAGCAAGUGGCAUCGAAGACGAGGAGUACGUUGAACCGGCCAUCAGUUUGACAAUCCCUGAGCGGGCGAGACUGGCCGAGAUUUUAUGCUAUCAACCCGCCGAUUGUACUCAUGAUGAACUGAUGAAGCUUUGGGUUGGCGCAAUUGACCUAAUGGUUAUACUGUUCGACAAAAGAGAGACGGUUAGACGGGAUCGUAUUCGCGCCGACUAUCAGCCUCAGCCUCACAUCGAACGACAACCUCAACCUAAGCCCUUCCCUCUCAUCCUUGACCCCAACCAGUGCCCUGAUUGUGUCGGCGACGAGAGGCUCAACAUGGAGGAACGAACAUUCAAGUACUGCCGACCCACAGUCAGGAACGACCAUUUCGAUGACCAACAUCUCGGACAGCGAGAGCGCGCUGUCCUGCAUGGCGAUGUUAUACGGUGCAACCACCCUCAGUGCCAAGAUGACCCAGAAUUACAAAGAAUGGAGACGCUGGACGCGUUCAGAAACCAUGUGCAAAUCAUACAUGGGGUUUCGCUGAGGACUUCAGAUAGGGCCAAGCAGAGGAAGGCUAAGAAAGUAAAGCGGAGACGAGUGGUUAGAGAAGUGUCUGCCUGA